AUGAAAUGUCGUUCUUGUUCAUGUGCCGAAUGGGAUUUAUUAAAAACUUCUACUGAUCUGAAAGAUUUAAAAUGUAUACAAGAGGGAACAACUUUCGAUUCGCUUCGUUCUGCGUUAUUAACUGUAUUUCAGAUAUUAAUACAAAAAGAUUGGACUUUAGUUCUUUAUAAUGUAAUGAACAAAACAGGUGCAUGGUCAGUAUUAUAUUUUAUUGCACUCAUCAUAUUUGGUAAUUAUGUAUUACUUAAUUUGCUUGUCGCUAUUCUUGUUGAAAGUUUUGUAAAUGAAAAAGAAAAUGGAACAGCAAAUAGUGAUAAUGACAAUGAUGAUAAGAAACAUGAUCAACAACAAGAUAUAUUAGCUGAUACGCUACGUCAUACACAUUCUGAUCGAUCAAUUCCAAUAUCAUCCAAACAAUACUUUGAUGAUCAUGCAAAGAAUUUAACUGAACCAGAAUCGAAUAUUAUAACAAAUACAGAUUUAAAUUCAAUUGUGACAUGUCGAUCAUCAGUCGAUAAUUCACAAUAUUCAUGUAAUCAAAAUCCCAGCAGACAAGAAAACAAAGAUGGACAUACAAAUUCUAAUACUAAUGGUACAGAACAACUUGCUAUUGGUACUCAAUCACCGAUAAUAGAUGUUUCAGCUGAAGUGAAUACACAACUUGAAUCAAAAACUGAGAAAUUAGGAGCCGUUGAAUCAUGUUUGAGUCAAUAUUGUGGACAACGAAUAUUUCGACGGUUCAAGAGACGAGAAAAUUAUUCACUUUAUCUUUUUUCACCUUCGAAUAAACUACGCAAAGUAUUUCAACAAUUAAUUCUACAAAAAUCAUUUGAUUAUUUUAUUCUUUGUUUUAUCGUUCUCAAUUGUAUUACACUCGCGAUGGAACGUCCAUCGAUUUCAUCUACAAGUUUUGAACGACAAUUUUUAAACUAUACUAAUUAUAUAUUUACAAUUAUUUUUACCAUUGAAAUGAUGAUUAAAAUAACUGCAAGUGGGCUUUUUUUUGGAUCAGAUACAUACUUACGUUCAGGUUGGAAUGCUGUGGAUGGAUUUCUUGUAAUUAUUUCAAUUAUUGAUCUUGGUAUUAUGCAUCGAUAUACAAUUACAUCAUCUCCACAGUCUAAUACAACAUCAGAUAUUGUCGGCAUAGUGACAGUCUUUCGUUUAUUACGAGCAUUAAGACCACUUCGAGUUAUUAAUCGAGCACCUGGUCUUAAAAUCGUUGGUCCAAUUUUAUUUUCAUCAUUUAAACCAAUCGGCAAUGUUUUUAUUAUUCUUAGCAUAUUUUUUAUCAUCUUUGGCAUUCUCGGUGUUCAGUUCUACUAUUGUGAAGGUUCUCUAGCUCAUAAUGUAACAACAAGACAUCAAUGUGAAGCUAUGUCUAAUCAUCGAUGGCGAAAUCAAAAAUAUAAUUUUGAUAAUUUGGGUCAAGCUUUAUUAACGUUAUUAGCUCUUGCAUCAAAAGAUGAUUGGGUACCAAUAAUGUACAUGGGUGUCGAUGCAGUUGAAGUUGACAUGCAACCAAUAAAGCAUCAUAGCGAAACAAAAUUAAUUUAUUUUAUAUCAUUUCUUUUAGUUGUCAGUUUUUACAGUAUUAAUAUGUUCGUUGGUAUUGUCGUCGAAAAUUUUCAUAACAGUCGUAUUCCGCAGAAACAUAACGAAGAAGCACGAAAACUAAGAAAACAAACAAAAAUUAUUGAACGUCAAAAACAUCCUAUGAGCGAAUUACCGUACUAUGCACAUUUUUCACCAUGGCGUAAACGUUUACAUGAUAUAUGCGUUAGUAAAUAUUUUGAUUUAAUUAUUGCUGCUAUUACUGGUAUCUAUGUUGUUACAAUAUCAUUUGAAUUUUAUCUUAUGCCAGUUAUUUUGGAUAGAUUUCUUGAAUAUUGUAAUUAUGUAUUUACGAUUAUAUUCUUACUUGAAUUUAUAUUGAAAAUUGUUGCACUCGGACCAUCAUAUUAUUUUCAAGACAAGUGGAAUCUGUUGGAUUCAUUUCUUUUACUUGCAUUAAUAGCUGAUAUUGUAUUAGAAAAUAUGAUGAGUGGAAAUAUUUUUUCAAUAAAUGCAUCACUUAUUCGUGUGGUCAGGGUAGUGAGAAUUGCACGAGUUCUCAAACUACUGAAGAUGGUCAAAGGUAUUCGAUCUCUAUUAAAUAUAGUUCGUGAAACGCUUCCACGAGUUAGAAAUUUGGGUCUUCUAUUGUUUCUUCUAUUCUUUAUCUUUGCUAUAAUGGGUGUUGAAUUAUUUGGAAAAUUAGAAUGUAGUCAAGAAGAACCAUGUCGUGGUCUCAAUAAACAUGCAAAUUUUAAAAAUUUUGGUAUAGCUCUACUUACAUUAUUUUGCAUAGCAACAGAUGAUAAUUGGGAUGAUAUUAUGAGAGACACUUUACGUCAAGAUGAUUCAUCUGUUACUGGAGAAAAUAAGUUGAUGACAAUGAUUUCACCUAUUUAUUUUGUUAUCUUUGUUCUCAUAACUCAGCUGGUACUUGUCAAUAUUGUUGUCGCUGUACUCUUGAAAAAUCUUGAAGACUCACAUAAGAUGACAAAUAAUAAUGAUGGUAAUGCUCAAACGGGUGAAGAGAUUGAACUGCAGCUUCAAGUUGAUCUGCAUGAUCGAAACAAUUUUGAACAAUAA